AUGAACAAUACACAACUAGACCCCGGCCUAUCCGCCAUGCUCGCGUCAACCAAUCUAUCCAUCGACCCGGGCGCCCUCUUGCAGCAGCAGCAGAACCAGUAUCAGCAGCAACCGCUUUUUGAAGGCGACACAUCCUCCUCCCGCACCACAUCCACCUCGUCUGUGCCGCGAUUAUCCACGCCCAACACGGAAGACGACGAGGACGAUCUCGAUGAAGAAGCAGAAGAGGACGACACCUCGAAGAAGCCCAACACGAGAAGCAAAACUAAGAUGCCCGCCGCAUCCACCAGGUCCAAAACCACCAAUGCCACCACAUCGUCUACCAAGUCCAAACGGGGAGGAGCCGGCGCUGCCGUGGGCGCGGCCGACAAGCGUCGCAAGCGCAACCUCGAGCGCAAUCGCGCCGCCGCUUCCAAAUGCCGCCAGCGCAAGAAGCAGUGGCAGGACGGCCUCGAGCGCAAAAAGAUGGAGCUCGAGACGCGCUACAAGGCUUUGCACGGCGAGGCUAAGGAUCUGAUGGAGGAAGUGGCCCAGCUCAAGAAUUUUGUCAUGGCCCACGCCGCUUGUAACGACGCCAACAUUGACGAUUGGAUCCGCAACGAGGCCGACAAUUUCGUCCGCCGCAUGAGCGGCGCUCACAUGCACCAGGCGAGUCAGAGCGCAUCAGCCGCCGCGUCCAUGGGCCAGAUGCGCUCGCCUACUCAGAGUGUCCUGACGGCGACACCCCCGAUGAACGAUAGCCUAAAUGCCAUGUUUGCACCCGGGGGCUCCAAAGCGCCAUUUGACAGGGCCCCCCACACCCAGCAGCCCGAUCUGCGAUCCGGCGGCGCCACAGACACCUCCGAUCAAAACAGCAACAUUUUCAACCAAGAUUUGCUCAUGUUAUCAUCCAUGUAG